AUAGAUAAGAUAACAGGUAAUGAGGAGAUUUGGAUGAUACACACAUAGAUCCCAAAGUGAUGCCAACAUGGUUGGCCAAGUCAGUUUGGCGGCAGUAAUCUUUCUCCUGUAUCUCGAUCGUGCGAGAGGAGAGUUAUGGUGUUACGAGUGCAAUACCGACGUAAGGAGAGGCCAUACAAGGGAGUGCAACGAUCCUUACUUCGCAUCGCCUUAUUUCGACUUAACACACUGCCCUCGAAACGAGUCUCAACAUUGUCUAAAAGCCAUCGUCGAUUAUGGAGGCGUGCUGGUGACGGUACGAGGUUGCGUGCCGUCACGCGAAAUCGGUGGAUACUGCCAACAGGAGGAAUAUUUUCCAGGAUCCAACGUCGUGUGCCUCUUCUGCAAAAGCUACGCCUGCAACGGGCAAAGUACCGCUGAUUUAUUCAUUCUGGAAAACUUCAACGUGUUCCUCACGAUCUUAAUCGCCGUAGCGUGUCGUAACGUUGCUCGCUUUAAUUAAUUGUUAAUCGUUAAAAUAAAAUAUCGUAGUACGCUA